AUGUCAGAUCAUUCACCAAGAGAGAGAGAAAGAGAACAGAGAAGCGGUAGUCGUGACAGAAGAGGCGAUGGCCGAGGACAAUCAAACUCAAGCGAGAGACGAGGUAGAAGUCGCAGCAGAGAGGAUAGAAGAAAUAAGGACCCUGAGACAUUCACUCAGAUCUACGUGGCAAAACUCAGUAGAAGAACAAGAGAUGACGAUCUCAAGGAUGCCUUUUCUAAAUUCGGAAAAAUCAACCAAGUGGUCCUUAAAAACGCCUUCGCCUUUAUCGACUAUGACACACAUGAAGGAGCAGUUCUUGCAGUCAAAGAAAUGAACGGAAAGACUUUCGUCAACGGAGAAGAGCUCGUAUGCCAGGAGGGAAGAGAAGAAAGACAGGGCCAUAGAACAAUGAUGUGUGCUAUAAUUGUCAAAGAAGCGGUCAUUGGUAAGUUCAUACCAGUCAAAGAGCAGCUCGUAAUAACUCAUAUAUUUUAUGGCGGGCGAAUGAGUGCAGAUACAGGAGAAAAAGUAGAGAUAGAAGAAGAUCUAGAUCUAGAUCUGAUAGACGCUACAGAAGAAAUUCGUAAUUUAAUUUUGAUUCAUGGAUAUAGUCGAUCAAGAUCACCCAGAGGAGGCAGAAGAGGCGGCUUCAGAGAAAGAAGUUCAUCUUUUAGAGGUGGUAGAGGUGAUAGUAGAUCUAGAGACCUCAAGGAAGGAAGAUGCUUUGGAUGUGGAAAAAGAGGCCAUAUGAAGAGACAUUGUCCUGAGCUUGGUGGAGGUAGAUCAAGAUCCAGAUCAAGAGGUGGCGGAAACAGAUUCAGAGACACCAAAAGAAAUGGUGGAGGCAGGCAUCACAGCAGAAGUGGUUCUUCAUCAAGAUCAAGAGGAGCCAGAGACAACAAAAGAAGAAGUCAUGCUAGAUCAAGCAGCAGAGGUAGCGCAAGAAGAUCUCCAAGUAGAGGAGCAAGAGGAAGCUACAGCCGCAACCCUGAGAGAGGAGGAGAAAAUCCAAGAAGCUAUCAUAAUGGAAAUGAUGCCUCAAUGCAUGGAUCUAAACUCAGCAACUGA